AUGCUGGGCGCCAUGUUCAGCGGGAAGAUGCCCACCAAAAGAGACAGCCAAGGCCACUGCUUCAUUGACCGAGACGGCAAAGUGUUCCGCUACAUCCUCAACUUCUUGAGAACUUCUCACCUCGACCUUCCUGAGGACUUCCAAGAAAUGGGCUUGCUUCGACGGGAAGCAGACUUUUACCAGGUCCAACCGCUUAUUGAGGCUCUCCAGGAGAAGGAAGUGGAGCUCUCUAAAGCCGAGAAGAACGCGAUGCUCAACAUCACCUUGGAUCAGAGGACACAAACCGUUCAUUUCACCGUCCGGGAAGCUCCUCAGAUCUACAGUUUGUCCUCUUGUAACAUGGAAGUGUUCAGCGCUCACAUCUUCAGCACCUCCAGUUUGUUCCUCAAAAUUUUGGGUUCCAAACUUUACUACUGUUUCAAUGGCAACCUGGCCUCCAUCACUAGCUACUUGGAAGACCCCUAUCAUGUCACCUUGGACUGGGUGGCUAGUGUGGAAGGUCUACCCGAAGAAGAAUACACCAGGCAGAACUUAAAGAAGUUGUGGGUCCUGCCCACCAAGAAGCAAAUUAACAGUUUCCAGGUCUUUGUGGAGGAAGUGCUGAAGAUCGCCAUGAGCGAUGGCUUUUGCGUGGACUCCUCUCAUCCACACACGGCAGAUUUUAUGAAUAAUAAGAUUAUACGGCUGAUUCGUUACAAAUAG